AUGUUUUGUCAAGCUACACCUUGCGAAGAGGAGCUAGAAGUUUACGAUGUUCUUCGUCGAGAGAGUUAUUCGAAUACGGACGGGGAGAAAACCGUGAAUUUGUUAUAUGCCGAGAAUAUUUUCUCUUUUGGUUAUUAUAUGUACGUUGUUGUAAAACAUUUGGAUUUGGAACGUGCGAUAUUGUCGUUGGAUGUGAUUUUAACGUCCGUACGUUGUGCUAGAAAGCAUAUUGUAUCAAGAUUUUUGGUAAAAUGGUUACCCUCUAUCACCAAGCGUCGUGUUUGUCGGGAAUCUAUGGGGUGUCGUAUGCCUCGGUACACAAGUGGUUGCAGACAUGGAUAUUUUGAUACUUAUUCUCAAAUGUCAAAUAAUUUGAACGAUAUUUAUUAUGCGCUGAUGAGGGAAUCACUGAAAAAAGAACUCGCGGACGUGAAGGAGAUUUGUAGAACACUCUGUUUAGACUAUAACGUAUUUGUUAGCGAACAUUUAAUUCAAACUUAUAUUAUUUAUGCACAAAAAUAUUAUGCGAAUAGAAGUUAUUUUACUAAUGAACUGUAAAUGUAAUGCGGCCAAACCGUAUUGUGUUUGCGAGUGUAUAAUAAACAGAUUUAUAAAUAAAAAAUAAAAAUUUUUAUCAUUCAGUGUGUGUGUGUUAUCUAGUAUGGAGGUUGUAGAGCGUUGGUUUGAAAAACAACAUAAUCAAAUUCAAAAUUGGGAAAAAAAUCAUGUACGAAAAUAUCAAAAAGAUAUUGUCAGCCGAAUUACACACGUUAUGGAUUGUGAAGCAUACACGUUGGGGAAAAAUCAAGUUUAUUUAAGAGAGGUGUCUGUGUAUCGGAUACGAGACGAAAAGACAUUUUCAUUUCAAAUUUAUAUGCCCGAUAUUUAUAUAAAUCCAAGGGUAGUACACUAUCAAAUUCACCACGUACAUGGUCUACCCGUGGUGCGUGAAAAAAACGAGGAUUUUUUACAAUAUCGUGACGUGUAUAAAGUGUUAUGCGAAGAGUUUAUGACCUCUGCAGAUUUGGUGGGUUAUAAGGGUGGUACUAUCGAAAGAGAUUUAUUAAAGAAAUUGGGUACAAAGGGAAUUAAUAUCGAGUUAUUGGGGUGUGAAAAGUAUGCGAACUUGAUUACCAAAUAUGGUAUGACACCCGAACGUUGUCCGUAUCAUUUGUAUGGUGAUUAUCAUUGUUCAAGACAUGAAGUUCAGGUAUUUGCACAUUUCUUAAACGAGUUAGCACAAACAUGUCGGACUUCAUAG